AUGUAUUCAUUAUGGACAAAAGAUCCUAAAAGUGUCCAUGAGUCAUGGGACAAAUAUUUUCAUAGUUUAACUAGUGGUCCAAUGCCUAGUCUUACAACUUUAGGUUCCGUGCCUGCUUUAUCAGAUGCUCAAGCUGAUGAAGAAUUGAUAAAAAAUCAUUUAUCACUAGAAUCCAUGGUCAGAGCUUAUCAGACAAUUGGACAUAAGUGUGCCAACCUUGAUCCACUUGGUAUUUUGGAUUCUAACUCAUAUAGGAAAGAAUCAUUGGAGCUGUCAAAACAUGGCUUUUUUUAUGCAGAUUUAGACAAGAAAUUCCAUUUACCACGUUCAACUUAUAUUGGAGAUGGUGAAUCUCAGCUAACAUUGAGAGAAAUUAGAAACAGAUUAGAGAAUGCAUAUUGUGGUAGUAUUGGUGUAGAAUAUAUGUUUAUCAAUAAUAGAGAACAAACUGAUUGGAUUAGAAGAAGAUUUGAAACUAGACCAGUUUUAACAGAAGAAGAUAAAGAAACAUUAUUAGAACGCUUGAUUAGAUCAACCAGAUUUGAAUCUUUCCUAGCUAAGAAAUGGUCAUCUGAAAAGAGAUUUGGUUUAGAAGGUUGUGAAGUAUUGAUACCAGCAAUGAAGACUAUAAUAGAUGAAUGUUGUGAAAAUGGUGUGGAUUAUUUUGCUAUUGGAAUGCCUCACAGAGGAAGAUUAAAUGUAUUAGCUAAUGUAUGUCGUAAACCACUAGAGAAGCUGCUAUGUCAGUUUGAUCCUGAUCUGGAAGCUGCUGAUGAGGGAUCUGGGGAUGUUAAGUAUCAUCUUGGUAUGUGUCAUGAACGAUUAAACCGCAAGACCAAUAAGAACAUCAAGCUGUCAGUUGUAGCCAAUCCAUCUCAUUUAGAGGCUGUGAAUACUGUUGUUAUGGGAAAAGUAAGAUCUGAACAACAUAAACGUGGUGAUAAAGAUGGCAAGACUGCCAUGUGUAUGUUGUUACAUGGAGAUGCUGCCUUCUCUGGACAAGGAGUUGUAUAUGAGGCUAUGCAUCUUGGUGAACUGCCAGCCUAUACUGUUCAUGGUACAAUACAUAUUGUAGUCAAUAAUCAGAUUGGAUUUACUACAGAUCCCAGGUUUUCUCGAUCUUCACCUUAUUGUACUGAUGUAGCUAGAGUUGUCAACUGCCCUAUCUUUCAUGUCAAUGCAGAUGAUCCAGAAGCUGUCAUGUGGGUUUGUCAGUUUGCUGCAGAUUGGAGAAGAGAUUUUAAAAAGGAUGUGGUCAUUGAUUUGGUCAGCUAUAGAAGAUAUGGUCAUAAUGAAAUAGAUAAUCCUAUGUUCACUCAACCUAUUAUGUACAAGAAAAUUGAAAAGUUACCUACCGUUGAAACAAAGUAUGCUGAAAAACUUAUCAAAGAGAAUAUUAUGAACCAAAAAAAAUAUGAGGAUACAAUCCAUGAAUAUGAAGAAAUUCUAGAAGAAGCUUACAAAAAUUCGAAGACUGAAUUAGCCACAAGUCCUAAAGAAUGGCUAGAUUCUCCAUGGACUGAGUUUUUCGCUGAGAAAGGUGAUAGUGCUGGUUUAUACUAUCCUAGUACAGGAAUCACUGAAGAUAAAAUUAACCAUAUUUUAACACAUGUUAGUUCUAUACCAGACAAAACAGAUCAUAGUGGUUCCACACAGAAACAGAAAGUCAAAAUACAUUCUGGUGUUAAAAGAAUAUUAAAUGCUCGUCAAGAACUAUCUGAAAAGAGACUGGUAGACUGGGCAGGAGCUGAAUUUUUGGCUUUUGGCUCGUUGUUAAUGGAAGGAUGUCAUGGUAGACUAAGUGGACAGGAUGUAGAAAGAGGCACAUUCAGUCAUCGUCAUCAUGUAUUACAUGAUCAAAAUGAAGAUAAAAGUUUUGGUGUACCACUAACAUCACUAUCACCAGAUCAGGCUAAAUAUACAGUUUGUAAUAGUUCUUUAUCAGAGUUUGGUGUAUUAGGAUUUGAAGUUGGUUAUUCUAUGAAUGAUCCUAAUAGUUUAGUGGUAUGGGAAGCUCAGUUUGGAGACUUUGCUAAUACUGCUCAGUGUAUGAUAGAUCAGUUUAUAUCUAGUGGACAGAAUAAAUGGGUUCGACAGAAUGGUAUUGUUAUGUUACUACCACAUGGCUAUGAAGGCAUGGGACCUGAACAUUCCAGUGCCAGAUUAGAAAGAUUUUUACAGAUGUGUAGUGAUGAUGAAGAUGUAUUUCCUACUGAAGACAAUGAUCAUUUAGUUAUAGAACAGUUACAUCAAAUAAACUGGUUUGUGUGUAAUUUUACCACGCCUGCUAAUCUAUUUCAUGGUUUGAGACGGCAAAUUUUAUUACCUUUCCGAAAACCUUUAAUUAUAAUGUCACCAAAGAGUCUGUUAAGAUCACCAGAUGCUAGAUCACCUUUUGAUGAUUUUAUUGGUGACAGUUACUUACAACGAGCUAUACCAGAAGAUGGUGAAGCUGCUCAAAAUCCUGAUAAAGUACAGAAGUUGAUCUUCUGCUCUGGUAAAAUAUACUAUGAAUUAGUCAGUCAGAGAAAGUCUAGAGGGCUGGAUACAGAUAUUGCUAUUUGUAGAAUAGAACAGAUUUCUCCCUUCCCAUUUGAUUUGGUUAAAGAAGAGAUGUUGAAAUAUCCUAAUGCUGAAUUAUGUUGGACACAAGAAGAACAUAAGAAUAUGGGAGCAUGGUCUUAUGUACGUCCUAGAAUGAGAACAGUGUUGAGAAAGAUUGAAAAACCUCAUGAAGAAAUUUCAUAUGCUGGUAGAGAAGUAAGUGCAUCUACAGCUGCUGGUUCAAAACAACGUCAUAAACAGGAAUUAUCUAGUAUAUAUAAAGCAUCAAUGAAGCUUUAA